AUGACAUUAGUAUCAAAUAUUGUUGGUAUUGUUGUACCAGUUGUUAUUGCGCUGAUAAUACUUAUAAUUUUACUUAAAAAGAGUUUAUUAAUAUUAAAAGAAAGAGAAAUCAUUAUACUAGAACGUUUUGGACAAUAUCAUAAUAUAUUACAUGCUGGUGUACAUUGGACAAUUCCAUGGGUUGAUAGACCAAAAACAUUUUAUUAUUCAUAUUACGUUGAUACACCAAGUGGUAAAGAGUUAAGAGAAGGUUUAAAUUUAACAAGAAUUUCAACUCAAAAUGAAGUUUUAGAUUUACCAAAACAAACUGUUAUUACAAGAGAUUGUGCAUCAGUUGAUUUAGAUGCAGUUUUAUCAUAUAAAAUUACAAAUCCAAAACAAAUGAUUUAUAGUUGUGUAAAUUUACCAAAUAUCCUUUCAAAACUAUUACAAGCUCAAUUAAGAAAUUUAGCAGGUACAUUAGAGAUUGAUCAAAUCAUUGAAGAAUCACACCUAUUAAAUGCUCUCACUGGUUUAAUGGCAAGUGAAGCAAAUAAAUGGGGUGUUGAAAUAGUGUUUGUUAAAGUUCAAAGAGUUGAAGCAAGAAGAUUAGCUGAAGUUUUAGCUAAAAAGAAAAAUGCUGAUUUAAAAAAUAAAGAAAUUAUUAUUACAGCAAAAGCACAUAAACAAACUAAAGUAAUUGAAAGUGAGGGUCUAAGAGAUUCAAUGAUAAAGAAAGCAGAAGGUGAAGCACAAGAGAUUGUUUCAAGAGCAAAAGGUGCUGCUCAAGCAAAAUUAAAUUCUGCUCAAGCUGAAGUUAAAACUAUUAAAGAGAUUGCAAGAGCUGUUGGUUUAAAUAAGGAUUCAAAAGUUGAUGUUUCAAAAUAUAUUAUCACUAUUAAAUAUUUAAAUGCACUUAAACAAAUUUUAAGUUUAUCUCAAACUUCUACAAAUUUAAUUGCUGAAGAAACUGUUGACCUUCAAUCAUUACCAAUGUUUGGUGUUUCUUCUGUAGCAUUACCAAAUUUAAGUGUUAAAAAAAAUAAUUAA